UCUAUGUAUUCACCUUCUGUUACAUCUUUUGCUAGUGCUGACAUGGCAGUGAGACAACAGCCACAUCAGAAGAUGUAUAAGCUGAGAACUGGUUGUGUUAAUGUGUCCCAUUCUCAUAAACCUGGUAACGGGGAGCACACAAAGGCUACAGCUCAAGGAACAUGUGACAGUUGGCGAAAAAGGGGAAACGAGGCUUAUAAGAGUGGAGAUUUAUCAGAAGCUGAAGUAUGUUAUUCAAAAGGUAUUAGUUCAAUACAACAUACAGAGACACCUGGCAUUUGUAUACAGCCUCUUAUUUUCUGUUAUAGCAAUCGUGCAACUAUACGCAUGGAAUUGACUGAAAUUCAUUCCAUUUCCUCUAGCCAACCAAACAUGAUAAUGGAAUGUAAUGAUCUAUUCCAUUAUUGUUAUGGAUUUUAUUUGUUUAUUUAUGCUCUUACAAGAUUUGUUUGUAGGCCUAUGCAUGAGAUCACAUUUUCAACAAUAGACAUACCAAAGCUCCUAAGUCAGGAAAUUAGAAGCGAGGAGCUACAUAAUGAUGUUUCAUAG